AUGGAUUCGAGGGAUUCGGAAAUGAACCCCCCCUGCGGGGUGGAAGAAGAAGCAGCAGAGGCCGUUCCUUUACUCGAAACCCUAGAAGACUACGAGCUUAAAUCAUUAUCCAAUCCAGAAUUCGACUUUCCAAUAAUUCGACUUCCACCGAAAGGUCGUUUCCUCCGAUUCGCAAGAUGCACGGCAUUUGGAGUCUACCGACGAAUAUUCUUAGCAGUCUUUAUAAUCAACAUUUGGCAAGGCCAUUGUAUCCUCACAUUGCGUCGAAGAUCGAAAUACUCGCCACUGCUGGUCGAUGUAUCAACAGCCUUCGCACUCAAUAUGUUCAUAGCUGUCCUCAUACGACAAGAUUAUAUCAUUAAUCUCCUAUUUAGAAUAUGCUGGUUAGUCCCGUUUUCAGCACCACUUCGACUCCGAAGAUCACUUGCCAAAAUAUACGAAUAUGGGGGUCUGCACAGCGGUACAGCGGUUUGUUCUGUUCUGUGGUUCUCGUUACUUUCGGCAAUAUUGGUGUGGGAAUUCGUUACUCUUCGAAUAGCCGACCCUCUGAUAAUGAUGUGUACUUUCAUGGUUAUUUCCAUCCUUUGGGCUAUGGUCAUUGCGGCAUAACCUUUGCUCAGAGCUUCGAGACAUAACACGUUCGAAGUGAUUCAUCGAUUUGGGGGUUGGGUAGUGUUAGGUCUUUUCUGGCCUUACCUCUGGCUCUUCACCAGAGCACUUGGCCACCAAUCAGGCCCAUCUUCGCCUGGAGCAGUCUUGACUAAGCUCCCUGCUUUUUGGCUGCUCAUCGGUAGCUGUUUCCAUGUUGCGUUGCCGUGGAUGCGUCUUCGUCGACUUGAAAUAAAACCGGAACGUUUGGGGGUGGGUGUUCAUGCGAUUCGGCUGCAUUUCAACGAAAAGAUUUCCAAUUGUGUUGUGUACCGGAUCGCAGAUUCACCUCUCAAAGAAUGGCACUCUUUUGCUUGCAUUCCUUCAGUAAAUGGCAGGGGAGGCUCCCUUGUAGUUUCCAACGCAGGUGAUUGGACUCGUCGUGCAGUCAAUAAUCCAAAGAGAGCGUACUAUACCCGUGGAAUACCUACAGUUGGAGUUCUCUGUAUGGCACAGCUCUUUCGCAAAGUCAUCAUUGUGACUACGGGCUCGGGGAUUGGUCCUUGCCUAGGAACCAUGAUGAAAAUUCCAGCUACAAAAUGCCGCGUUCUUUGGAGUGCACCGGAACCACGGCGUACUUUUGGUGAUGAGAUUUGUGAUUCGGUCAUGGAGGUCGAUCAAGAGGCUGUGAUUAUCGACACACAUGCUGUAGGCAGAAAGGAUUUGGUGGGCUUAGCGUAUAGUUUGUAUGUCGAGGAGAAAGCGGAGGCUAUUUUUGUUGUGAGCAACAAAGCCUUGACAAAGCACCUCGUGUAUGAAAUGGAGAGUUGUGGCGUGCCAGCUUUUGGGUGA